UGGAGCCUGAUUGAAUGUGAGUGCAGGCGGAAGAAAAGCAGCAGCGGCAGAGUUUGGAUGGGGUGGGGGGUGUUUGCUCUCAGCGAGCUGAACUCGACUGCUGCAGUCGAGGCAUCAAUUUUGUAUAGGCGCUGAGUGCAGUAAGUUGGCUAUCAUACGGGGAGUCUUCCCGUUACUGUUGAUCAUGGGGAGCACCUCGCGUCUCGCUCGGCCGCAGAGUGAUGCGCGGGGAUAUGCGCGGUGUCUAUAGGCAUGUCCGCGUCCGAUUCAAGCGCAGCGCUGCUCAGCUGCAAGAGUUCAGCUGAUUCCUACACGAGCAGGCCAUCUGAUUCCGACCUGUCCCUGGAGGAGGACAAGGAGGCGUCUCGGCGUGAAGCCGAGCGCCAGGUCCUGCUCCAGCUCGAGAGAGCCAAGACCAAACCUGUGGCAUUUGCAGUCAGAACCAAUGUCAACUACUGUGGGGCUCUGGACGAGGACUGUCCGGUUCAGGGUGCCGCCAUCAACUUUGAAACCAAAGAUUUUCUACAUAUAAAAGAGAAGUACAAUAAUGACUGGUGGAUUGGGAGGCUGGUAAAGGAAGGAGCAGAUAUUGCUUUCAUUCCCAGUCCUGUUAAACUGGAGGCCAUGCGCAUCAAACAGGAACAGAAAGCAGCUCAGAGAAAAGCAGGAGGCAAUGCAUCAUCUGGGAGCUGGAGAUCUACACCUCCUUCUGCAGCCAAACAGAAGCAAAAGCAGACGGAGCAUGUUCCCCCCUAUGAUGUUGUUCCAUCAAUGAGGCCUGUUGUUCUGGUGGGUCCCUCACUGAAAGGCUAUGAGGUAACCGAUAUGAUGCAGAAAGCGUUGUUUGACUUCCUGAAGCACAGGUUUGAUGGGAGGAUCUCUAUCACACGCGUAACGGCAGAUCUGUCUCUGGCCAAGCGAUCUGUAUUGAAUAAGAAAGCUAUUAUGGAAAGGUCCAACACGCGAUCCAGUCUGGCGGAGGUGCAGAGUGAGAUAGAGAGAAUAUUUGAGCUGGCUAAAAGCCUGCAGCUGGUGGUCCUGGAUGCAGAUACAAUUAACCACCCCGCACAGCUUCUCAAGACCUCACUCGCUCCCAUUGUAGUAUAUGUGAAAGUGUCUUCUCCAAAGGUCCUUCAAAGACUCAUUAAAUCCAGAGGGAAAUCUCAAAGCAAACAUCUCAACGUACAAAUGAUGGCAGGAGAUAAACUCGUGCAGUGCCCACCAGAAAUGUUUGACGUCAUUCUGGAUGAGAAUCAGUUAGAAGACGCUUGUGAACACUUAGCUGAAUAUUUGGAAAUAUACUGGCGGGCCACUCACCUUCCAGGUUCCGCCCCUAUGAACCCUGUGGUGGAGCAAAAUGUGGUAACCCCGCCGUCAGCCAACUCCAGCCAACAGUUCUCAGAGACGCAGGAACUAAUUGAAUGAGCACUACCACGAAUAACGGGCACCUAACCCAUGAUGAUCUCUUCCUCCACGUCAUGAUUCUUACAGAGUGGUCUGAGUAAAACAAAACAUUCGGGAAAGACCCCCAGAAUAUUCCUCUAAGGCCAGCCACUCACUGCCCCAGAAUGAUAUGAGGGCUCAAAGCAGCUGCCCACCGAUUAGAAAGAAGAGGAGUGGACGGAUGGAGAUAAAGAUGAGCGCUUGCGAGGAAUUGGACCAAUCCCAGCCUCACUGUGAGGUCACGCCCCCUUUCCCUGCACUAACACGCGUGUCGUCCUCAACAUCUCAGGACCACUCUGCUGCAGGCCUUCAGCCGACACACACUAAUAAAAUUUCUCAGAUACACACGCUCGACUGAUCUGAUGUACAGAUGGGUUAUGAUGAGAUGCCGUGUUGUGCUGUUAGACAGUUUGCACGGUACAACCAUCUUAAAAUGAAUCCCCUAAUAAGCAACGGUGCUGGCCACACACAAUAAGAAAGCUCACCUUUAAACUGCGUAUUAAUGGGGUCAGAUUAACCUGAAAGCAUCCUUAAUGUGCAGGGCUUCCUUAAGACCGAUUAGUCAAUGAGUUAUUUAUGGUAGACCAUCGAGAGAUGAUUUUUAGUAUUGCACACUGAAACCCACAGCGAGAUAAACGGUGUUCUGGAGCCCCUUGGUGGUCCCGUCUGUCCGGCAGGUUCAAUCUCCUGUUUUUAUCCCUGGUGUCUCUUUGGCGCUGACAUCAGAGAUCUCUCACCGUUUUCCCACAGAGGUGCCCUAUAAAACUAACAUGAACCCGCACAACUGCCAGUCAGCUCACUCAACCUCCACCUCUUACAAUUUUUUUUAUAUAGUUUUACACUAUAGUCAAAUACAGUUUGCUUAAAGGAACAGUUCACCCAAAGAAGAAAAGUAAAAUAAAUAUAAUUAAAUAAUAAGAAUUACAAUUAUUUACAAUUUUAGACUGAAAACCUCUUUUAUUUAUCUUAUAAGAUUAAUUUAACAGAUAAAGAUACAGAUAAAACUGCAUCUUUAAAGUUUUAUCAUUGAUUAUAUUGGACGUUGUCGGUGAAACUGUUUGUCAACUAGUCAUUCAUCAAUAUUUCCAACCACAUCAACUUCAUCAUUUCAAUAAGAUGAGUAAAAGUAGACCACAUGAAUGUUUUCCCACUGUUGCACUGAUCAGCAUCAUUGAACAAUGUUACAGUCUUUAUACUAAUUGUUUUGAGUGACCUCUACUGGUCAUGUUUAAAACCCUUUUACAAGAAUUUGCAAAAAUUCUUUAUUUACUUUCAUUCCUUUAACUUAAUUUUCCAUUUAACUUCUGGAAAACAAAAUUACGGUUUAAAUAGAGAAUGUGGUGGUCUUUCUUUCCCAUGCAAGGGAAUUGGUACUGGAUCUUUCAAACAUUCAAGGAAGAAAAAGAACCAUUCAGUUAUCAGAAAGGUUGUCAAGCUGUCCUUUCAACUAGUGUGCUAAAAAUCUUCUAAAGCUGUACAGUAGAUUUGAUCUCCUGUUUUUGGUGCAUUCAGGAGAUUUCUUGAAUAAACUUGUGAUGUCGUGAAAGAAUCAUCCAGACAAUGAUUCGUUCACAAAUUGGAUCGUUUUUUAUCUUUCCCGCAUAGACACUUAUUUGCAUGAUAAGUGAUGAUCUUGAUGACACAUCUGCUGCUGUGUUCUUGCUUGCUGUUCUUCCGUAAAACAACACAAGUUAUAACACAUUUUACAGAAUGACUUAUUUGCAAGACAAUCUCUUAUAUAAGAUCACUUAUUUUACUCUUGGCAUACAUGCAGAUGCAGUCUCAUUGUGUAUUGCGAAUCAUAACUAUGCAUGACAAACUUUACAGCCAUUUGUAGAAAGCCACUUCACUGUAUUCUUAAUAAAAGCGAUACAAUGGCCAGAAAAAGAUGCAUAUAACCCAUCAAAAUACUGCUUGAAUAUCUUGCACACUAAAAGUCAUUUGCCUAGAAUAGCACAAACAAAAUAAUAAGCUUUAUUAAUUAAAUAUGUACAUAUGUGAUAUUAUUUGCUUAUAUUGAACAAAACCUUUUUAUUUGAGCCCAUGCUUAAUCUUGUUUGCUGUUUGGUUUACAUAAGGCACAUUUUUAAAUCAAGUUAUAUGGUUUGAAAAGCAACAUGCAAGCUUUAAAGCACAAUAACAGGACCACUAAAACAAGCUCUUCCUAAUGAGAAAUAUGCUUGAUGUUCUUCCAGGUGAUUUGUACAGUCAAGAACAAUGUCUUUGGGUCUUCAAAGUAGAUUUGAAUUGCUGAUUGUUUAUUUUAAUAGAUAUUUAUGUUGUUCUGCACCACAGAUUACUGUUCUGUAUGCCACACUGGAGGAAAGAGGAAGACAAUAACAAAGGUCUAUCACAGAAUAAAGGGAAAUCAAUAUGAUUGCACUAUUUUAUCCUUUGGUUUGAUUUACGAUGCAAUAAAUGCACUGUAAGUGUGUAAACCAUCUUCCAAUACAGUUAUUUGUAACAUUGUACUAAUGUGACAACACUGACCCAGCACUAAGUUCUGAUAAAAGACAAAAUUGAAAAGUACCUGAUGCUGAACAGAAUAUUUUGUGCUUCUGAGAA